GAACUCGCUCAAAAUUUCUACCGCGCAAAUCGCCGAGCCGUCUGAACAGUAUCUUUCCCCCAACUUUCAUUUUUCCAGGUCGCUCUCUACCGCGUUUCUCCGGGCUCUGUUUUUUGACGCCGACCUUUGUUUUCGAACAUCCCAACUUAAUCCUCCGUCCUGUCGCCAUGUCUCCCCCAAUGGUUGCUCCGCGUGAGAAGGAGUCGAACCUCGCAAGGUUGUUGGGAUCCGGUUCCGCCGGCAUCUCUGAGCUGCUCGUUUUCCAUCCGGUCGACACAAUCGCGAAGCGCCUGAUGAGCAACGAGACCAGGAUUUCCAACACCGCCCAGCUCAACCAAGUCAUCUUCAAGGACAAGGCCGCCGAGGCAAUCGGGAGGAAGUUCGUCUCCCUAUUUCCAGGUCUCGGGUACGCUGCGGGGUACAAGGUGCUGCAGAGGAUAUACAAGUAUGGUGGCCAGCCGAUAGCUCGAGAUUACCUCACUACGCAUUAUGGCAAGGAGUUUGAGAGCGUGUUUGGCAAGAAGACAGGAAAGGCAAUGAUGCACUCUACGGCCGGCAGUCUUAUCGGUAUCGGAGAGAUCGUGCUCCUGCCCCUCGACGUCCUAAAGAUCAAGCGACAGACCAACCCUGAGGCGUUCCGUGGUCGAGGCGUUCUCAGGAUCGUCCGAGACGAGGGAUUCGGGCUGUAUAGGGGCUGGGGCUGGACGGCGGCAAGGAAUGCGCCAGGUUCAUUUGCUCUCUUCGGCGGCUCGGCUUUCACCAAGGAAUACCUGUUCAAGCUCCAGGAUUAUAACAAGGCAACUUGGAGCCAGAAUUUUGUCGCCUCUGUUGCUGGUUCGUCGGCGUCUCUGAUUGUCUCGGCUCCUCUAGAUGUCAUCAAGACCCGCAUCCAGAACCGUAACUUCGAGAACCCCGAGAGCGGCUUCCGCAUUCUCACCAAGAUGGCGAGGAACGAGGGCUUCUCGAGUUUCUUCAAGGGAUUGGUUCCCAAGCUGUUGAUGACGGGUCCCAAGCUCACCUUCUCAUUCUGGCUGGCGCAGACACUGAUCCCUGCGUUUGACAACAUGUUUGCCGGCAGGUAAGGAGCUGGUAACGACCAUAGACGCCAUCUACACUAUGUCGCGAAAUGUUUUAGGUGUUACAUGGGAAUGGCGUUGGAAGAGGGAGAUAUUGUCUCUCUAGUGCGCUGUUUGUUAGACUUGCCCGAGGUGGUUCGGUUUCACGAAGAUGAUAUAUUAGGGAUAUUGUUUAUAAUGGGGGGGACGCUCCAGGAGGAGAAUCCUACCUAGAUACCUACCUAUACUCUCGACUCUACAGUCAAUUAAGCCACUUGCUGGCAGCAUCUGAUUGAUAGUUUGAUACCUAGGUUCCUAUCUCGUUGCCAAUACAUCCG